UGCCGAACCUACUUGCCUUGGUUCUCCUAGAAGAAGCGCACCACAAUCCAAGCUAAAGCUCCAAAAGCUUCUUCAGUGUCCAAGCAUAAAUAACGAUGACUUGAUGGUCCCAACGUUUUAACAUUAACUUCGACUAUAUCUGCUCUCGACACGAGCCGUGACUGGUACGCGGUCUUCGCCAUGCCUAAGCGACGCACAGCAUCAGUACGCCAGGAUGCACUCCAACAUGCGCCAAAACGCGAUGUCCAGCUCUGCAAGUCUGUCUUUGGCGCGGCAAUAAGUCAGAUCCUGUACGCCAGGCGUGGAUUCCCCCCAGACUACUUCCAGGUUCUGCCAUUGAACCAAUUGCUGUCCCGCUCCUUUGAGGACAUCAUCGCCUCAGGGUCCAGUCUCCAAAUUCACGACAGAGAAGCAUCGAGGGAUCAAAGCAACACAGUGUACCUGCGGGCAUCGGAAGACUACGCCGUCCGUCGCUUCAUCGGCAUCUUGCAAUCCGACAUCUUUCCCCUUCUUGAAAGCGAGCGUCUGGUCAAGUUCCGAAUAAACUAUUUGUGUGGCGAGAAAUGGAAGAGCAACUGUUUGAGGGAAUAUUACACCAUCACCUUCAAGUACGAGCCUGACGGAAGGUGUGGCCUCGAUAUCUGGAGGGCGGGGACUGGUAGGCAACACAUCUUAAAGACUUGUUCCAAACUAUGGGAUCUUGGAGACUAUCUCAGCCGUCUCCCUUUGUGGAAAGAGUCUACGCACUGGACAUUGGCCUUUCACGCUACUGAACGUCCCGAGGAUCCUCCCAUUGGUGUUUGGAAGUUUGAUCACACCGAGUUUGACGACGCCAACCUUUCCUUGCAGCAGCAGGAUGAUUACAGUUACGAACGGGUGGCACACUUCAAUGUUAUGCCUUGUCCUUUGGAACAGAAUGAGGAAGUCGUUCCUGAGACAUGUCCGGAUCCAGAGCAUGAACCUUCGAUUUACGAUAAGGCACAAUCGGGCGAAGCGGGCAGGGCUACUGUAGGCCAAGCACGAAAACGGCAGAAGACGACCCAAAAGACUGCAAAGAGAGUCACGAAGUUGUCACAGUCGCAGGGCCGAAUUGUCACCGGAACACAACUCUCUCCGCCGCGGACCCUCAACACCCAGGUGAAGGCCUCUGCCCAAAUUACCACCAAUGAGCAGAGCGAACAUGAACUGGGUGCAAAGACUACACGCAAGGACACCGCACAGAGUAAUAACGAGACGCGACCCACGGACCAGGUGCGGAAGAGAAAACCGAAGAAGCCUCUGCAAAUAUUCGAGGAUCUUAGGUCCAGCCUGCCGCCGACGCAGCUAAUUGGCGAAAGCCAGUCUCUCGGAAAGACAAAUCAGCCUACAAAAACACAUGAUGGCGACCUGGGACCUGCUCUGGCCCAGCAACAGAGGAUGAACAUUUCUGUCCCUCGGUCAAUUUCGCCAGCAGAUCUCAAGCUGCUGGAUGGCAUAUCACUGUCAUCCGAAACCACCUCUGCAUAUGGAAAGUCCCCCGGUCAUACGUCUCCUCAGCUCCCCCAGCUUCUUCGACAAGUGCGGACCUCUCAACCAUCGGCCAUUCAGCGGACGCCAAUGGAGGGUACUGGAGACCCAUCCAUACGCCCCCAGCACUUGAGUGUCUCCUCAGCUCCUCGCAAUACCCAGUGGGUUUCAUGGGCGUCCCCGCCCGAAACGAUGCUCGGAAUAGUUGUCAGUGAUGACGGCGAGGGCGGGGAAACCGCCUCGGAGCGGGACUCAGAGCCGGCGCCGGAUCUAAGGGAGACGUUACCUCGGCCUCCAACACCCAAGGCAGAUUCAGGAAUCACCAUCACUUUCUCACCAAACACAGUAGAUCGGCGGAGAAUGCUUUUGUACGAUCUUCCAAGCAGCGAUGAAGAUGAUGAAUGAGGCAGGGCGGACAUACUGGAUCUAACGAUGCCAAAGGUGUUGUCACAGGAGCUUACCGCAAGAUUCAUGCCACCUUAGACUGAAUGUAUCACGUUCUGAGAGCGCAGC